CACUCCAAUCGCUAAUGGCUGUGUUCUGUGUUCUUCAUCAAGUAUCAAGGCCUGUUAGGAUUGCGAUUAAUUAAAAAUCCAAAGAAGUGUUUUGUUUUGCUUCUGGAUACUGAAAACUCAUCACCAUGGAUAAUUUAGAAGCGAAUAUAAUGGAUAAGUCGAUGAGAUCGGUGUUCGUUGGAAAUAUUCCAUACGAAGCUACCGAAGAAAAAUUGAAAGAUAUUUUUGGUGAAGUUGGUCAAGUAUUAUCUUUCAAGCUUGUAUUCGAUAGAGAAACCGGUAAACCCAAAGGUUAUGGAUUUUGUGAAUACAGAGACCAAGAAACCGCCUUGAGCGCCAUGAGAAACUUGAAUGGUUAUGAAAUAGGAGGAAGAAACCUCAGGGUCGAUAAUGCUUGUACUGAAAAAUCAAGGAUGGAAAUGCAAAACUUAUUGAAUCAACCACCUGUUGAAAAUCCUUACGGAGAACCUAUCCAAGCAGAAAAAGCACCUGAAGCAAUAAGUAAAGCUGUAGCUUCUCUACCUCCUGAACAAAUGUUUGAGCUGAUGAAACAGAUGAAAUAUUGUAUUCAAAACAAUCCGGCAGAAGCAAGGCAAAUGCUUUUACAGAAUCCACAACUUGCCUAUGCUCUGCUUCAGGCUCAAGUUGUGAUGAAAAUAAUUGAUCCCCAUACUGCAGCUAGUAUGCUACAUCCAACCACUCCGGUCCCACCCCCAUUAAUGCCAAAAGACUCUUCGAUAGCAGGGCCUGUACCGAUAAGUAGUGCUUUCAUGAACCAAUCAGUCCCUCCACCAAGGCCAGAUUUUCAGACAAUCCCCCCGGUCCACAACAUCCACCCAAACAACCAACCAGUUUUCUCGAGUCAGGACAUCGAUUUACGUUCACUAGAUCCCCGAGGAUCAGCUCCGGAUCCUAGAAUGACCAGAAUAGCAGAUCAAGACAUGCGAAGUCUACCUGGUCCCUUACCAAACCCCCUGCCCCCUCCUGUAGCAGAAAAUUUCAGCAGGGACCCAAGGGGGGCACCUUCCUCUUUUCCUAUGGAUCCUCGUGCACCAGUCUCGUUUCCUGCAGAUCCAAGGAUAGGUAACGAUCCCAGAGGCACUCCAGGGUUCAUAAACGAUCCCAGACAGACUCCUAGGGUGGACCCUAGACAGAAACCGGUCCCAAUGCCGAACCCACAGCCUGUAAGGCCUCCUCCGCAGAUGCCUGCUCAGGUACCGCAGCCAAUUCCUCCGAGACCUGUGGCUGCACCCCCGAAUAUGGCCGCGGCCGGUGCAAACAUUGGCCCUGCCGGAGCUUCAGAUCAGGAGAAAGCAGCACUCAUUAUGCAGGUACUGCAGUUGUCAGAUGAACAGAUUGCAAUGUUACCUUUGGAGCAGAGGAGUAGUAUUCUGUUGUUGAAGGAACAAAUUGCAAAAAGUGCUGGCAACAGGACUUGAAGUCUAUCGGAAGAUUCUGAAUGUUGUACUUGUGUUUAUCAUUAUACAUUUUAUGUUAUUUUCAUUAUUAUUUCUGAAUUCAAUUGUCAAGAAAGAAUGGUCGUAAAAUAUAUUAGAGAGUUUUUUAA